CGUAGCUGUGUCCCGUCCAACCGGUCUCCCGCAGCGGUGUCGACGACAAUCAACCCCCGACUUGGCAUGUCGUCCCGAGUCAAGAUGUAGCCCUGUCAUUGAGAUACAGGUGCGGUAAUGUAGGCCUGCAUAAUACGGGCGUUGAUACAUUGGCACAGAGGACAGGUGUACAUACUAGGACAACUCUUGGGUCCUUGGACAAUCACAACAACCGGUGCUUGGAGCUCUGCGACAACUUCAAGCGCUUGGAGCUCGGUGUGGGACAACGAUACAGUGUUUGGAGCUAGCUAUGCGAGGUAGACCGCCAUGGCGGCCACAGGAUGUCUCAAGCCAUGGUUCAUACUUUUCAACUGUAUAUUUUGGCUGAUCGGGUGUUUCCUGGUGGGGUACAUCUCGUGGACGCUGGCGACUAACCCUGCCCUGCUGACCGGCUUCCCACAGGGAACCACAUACUUCACCUACACGAUACUGGCAGCUGGGGCUUUUAUAUUUAUCACAGGGUUCCUCGGUUGUGUUGGAGGUUUGAAGGAACACAAAUGCCUCCUAAUAACAGUCAUAGUCCUGCUGUCGAUCUUCCUCGCCGUGGAGAUAGGGGGCGCUGUGGCCGCAUAUCUUCUAAGGGAUCAGCUUCAGGUUUACCGGAACUCCACUUGGCGGGACUUCAACACCGACACAAGGGACUUGAUACAGGCUGAGUUGCAGUGUUGUGGGCUGUACUCGUACACGGAGUACAAUGAAACAGUGAUGAGGAUCCCGCAUAGCUGCUUCUCAUCUCAGACCAAUACGUCGGACAUCUAUCUCAACACCGUUGGAUGUUGGGGUAAGAUCGACGAAUGGCUGUUCGCAAACACCGUGAUAUGGGCAUGUACAACGGCGGCUGUGGCUGUCGUCCAGCUGAUGUGUCUGAUCCUCGCCAUCGUGAUGCUGGUGAAAGUCGUCCGCUCACAGAAGGACCUGGUGCUGUGGGACGACUUCUACGACGUGAACUUUCUGCCAUGUAACAGCAACGCCGAGAAAGCCUUGCAAACAGCGGAUGGAAACUUUACCCUGAGUAGUUCCAGCAACUCAUUGAGUUCGCCGUUCAGCACGCUCAGUGUGGCGGGGUCCGCCCGGGCGGACAGUGCGAUUCGGAGACAACAAGAAAAACAUUUCUACCGCCGGAGCUGGACGUAUAUGAACUUUGAUGACCCCUGCACCCCUGGCACUAGUGUCACGUGAUCAUAUCUAGGUUAAUAUGUUUUGUAUGAUAGGUGUAUAUAUCAUAAUCACAAUAUCAAAACUAGACCGUUUCGCCAAAGCUUGUUAAGUGGCCUUUUGACUGACUCAUCUCCAGGUUCGUUGAAUGUUAUAAACAUGUGUGUCUAUGGUAUAUGAGUGCUUAUGAAUGAAUGAGUGUACGGUGGCCCAUAAGGGACAUGGAGUCUGUUUUUCAAUAUUUUGAUGUUUCACAUACCUUUAUCGUA